CGAUUCUGGGUCCUUACUUACAUGCGCUAACGUUGUCAAAUGGAUUGCUCUGCACUUUUUUACUCCUGAAAUCUUUGUCCUACCUCUUUCUUUUCCUUUUCCACAGCUAUUCGUGCGUCUGUGCAACCGUCCAAGCAACAAGUCAUUAUUUUAGUGUGUUUACAUAUCCCUCGUUAUGAUUGUGGAUCAUUUAAUCACUAGGACGGGCAUCCGUUCCCUUGGGUUAUUGAUUGGUGCCAUUGUGCCAAUGGCUUUAUCCUAUUUUUGCUACAUGCUUGCCUAUAAAGAAUCUCCCUUCUUCAUCUUGCUUGAUCAUCUUCCACUCAUCAUCCAACUCCUAAACACUGAUGUUUCAACGCUGGGUCACAAUGACACCGGUUUGCUUGAUCUUCUUAGACCAUUUCACCAACAUCUAAUUUCUGAGGCCUCCAUAUCCAAUAUUUCUCCCUCUGCAGCAGCCACGCAUCCUUCCACGACCCCCAUAGCAUCUGCAGUAUCAUCAGCAUUGUCAGCCGCUAAAUUGACCCUCAAGGAUACCGCUGAUGUUGCCGCGGAAUCCAUCGUCCAUGACUUGCCUUCUAAGGUUGCCCACUCACUCCCUUCACCCAUUGUUAACGUCUUCAUAGCUGUCCUAAAAUAUCUCGAUCGCCAUGGUUAUCGAGACCCCAAAAACAUUCCUGGAUUUCAAUAUCUUGUUGCGUUACAGCCCCUUAUGCACUUUUUAAAGCCCGUGCUAAAUUUCCUCUCCUCACAUCGGACAUUGACUGCGAUUGUAACUAUGUUACAUCUUUGGAUGGCAGCAGAGCUAGUGUUUUAUAUUCUGUUUUUGAAAAAACUUAAGCGCUUACAGACUGUAGAUAAUGUCAUUCAGGGAAUUAAAUCCAAGGCCGAGAGAGAAGAGAUCUUUCAACGGUGCUUGGAAACUGUGGAAGAUGGAGAUGGCGCUAAGAAAUGGGUUGAGUGUUGGUUUGACACUAGCCGCAAGAAACCCGCCCGUUUUGAGGACAUUGGGCGACAGAAUAUGGUUUGUUGGUUUGUAUGGGCAUUAUGGGCUACUUCAGUUGAACAGGUCACCAAGGAGGAACUCUUGGAGGCUGAGCAGAUGAUUGAUACUAUUGAGAGAGUCAAGCUGAUAAAAUUUGCAGAUGGAUUCAAUCCUAAUGUUAAGUGUAUUCGUCCCAAUCUCGAUCCUGUCGUUGCCUCGCAUCGCCCCCUGAUCUAUUAUCUGUUAGUUUGGGUGGCCAAUACCCUUGCUAACGUAGCUUUUCGGGCUUUAGGCUUCAAGGGAUAUACUGAACAGGGUUCCAGCCAUUCCUCAAAAUUACCAAAUGGAACCGGUCGAUGCCCACCAGAUCUUGCCUAUUGGUAUAGAUCCCCCUCAAGCCCUCAAAACGAGAUCCCGCUAGUGUUUAUUCAAGGCGUAGGGAUUGGCCUUGCCCAAUAUAUCUAUUUGAUCAUCGCCUUGGCGUGUAUCUCCCGUCCAUUAAUUCUUAUCGAAGUUCCUUAUAUCUCUAAUAAGCUCGUUCAGACGGAUUGCAUGACGCCCGAUGAGACGUAUCUUGCCAUUAAACGAAUACUCAACAGACAUUCCUAUCAGAAAGCAACAUUUAUGGGUCACUCUCUUGGAACUAUGCUCUGCGCCGCUGUCUGCCGCGCAAGCUCUGCAAAUACUAGCGACUCAAUCGUAGCUGGAUUGGUCCUUGUGGAUCCCAUCUGUUUCCUCACGCAUCACUCUAUUGCUCGCAACUUUGCAUACAGGAUCCCUACGACCGCCUGUCAAUUGGUAAUAGACCUUUUUGCGUCUCGCGAAAUCGGUACGUCUUGGUACAUUAUGCGCAGAUUUUGUUGGUAUCAGUGCAUCAUGUUCCCUAUCGCAUGGGCCAAUCGCCAUCAAAAGCCGUUGCCUUUUCAGGGCAAGUUAUCACCAGUGUUACCGGAGAAGACACGCAUAUUUUUAUCUAGAAAAGAUAGCCUCCUAGAUAUGGACAAAGUUGCAGAAUAUCUUCGGACCCAAGUUGGUCUCGUGGAAGGUCGAGAAGAGGGUGAGCUAGUGAUGGUGGAGGAAAUGGAGCACGGAGAAUUUAUGCUACAUCCAAGCUGGAUCUUCAGGAUCGUCAAGGCUGCAAGCGAGUCCUGA